GGUUUAUUAACAUUGUUUGUUUUGUUUUGAGAAACUCAAGUGUACACCUGUUAGAGCGGGAACCCAAAAGUUUCUCCAAAAACAAUGCCUCUGCAAGUCCAUUUCUUCUCUGCCUCUGUCUCUGUCUUGUCCAUUCUCUGUUCUUAGGGUUUCAAUUUCAGUUUUCCUUUGUUUCAAACCUGUUGAUUUUGCUUUCUUUCUGCUCACGGUUUCGCUUUAGCUGACCCAAAAUGAGCCUACGCAAGGGCUCUAAGGUUUGGGUGGAGGAUAGAGAUUUUGCUUGGGUGGCGGCUGAAGUCCUCGACUUCGUUGCUAAACAAGUUCGAGUUUCAACUGCUACUGGAAAGAAGGUGUUGGCUCUUCCUGAGAAGCUGUUGCCGAGGGAUGCGGAUGAGGAUGAUCAUGGUGGAGUGGAUGAUAUGACCAAGUUGACCUAUUUGAAUGAGCCUGGAGUGCUUUAUAAUCUUCAAAGAAGAUAUUCUCUUAAUGACAUAUAUACAUACACUGGUAGCAUUUUGAUUGCUGUUAAUCCAUUCACAAAGCUUCCCCAUCUAUACAAUGUUCACAUGAUGGAGCAGUACAAGGGAGCACCUUUUGGGGAACUGAGCCCUCAUGUUUUUGCCGUUGCUGAUGCAUCAUAUAGAGCAAUGAUUAGUGAGGGGCGAAGCCAGUCUAUAUUGGUCAGUGGAGAGAGUGGGGCAGGGAAAACUGAGACAACAAAAUUGAUUAUGCAAUAUCUUACAUUUGUUGGAGGUCGAGCGUCAGGUGAUAACAGAACUGUUGAACAACAAGUUCUUGAAUCAAAUCCUUUACUGGAAGCAUUUGGUAAUGCAAGGACUGUUAGAAAUGAUAAUUCAAGUCGUUUUGGAAAGUUUGUUGAAAUUCAAUUUGACACCAACGGUAGAAUAUCGGGUGCUGCAAUUAGAACUUACCUUCUAGAACGUUCUCGUGUUGUACAAAUUACGAACCCUGAGAGGAACUAUCAUUGUUUUUAUCAGUUAUGUGCUUCAGGAAGGGAUGCCGAGAAGUACAAGUUAGAUCACCCAAGUCAUUUUCGAUACUUAAAUCAAAGCAAGACCUAUGAAUUAGAUGGAGUGAGCAAUGCUGAAGAGUAUAUUAGGACAAGGAGAGCGAUGGACAUAGUUGGUAUCAGUCAUGAGGAUCAGGAAGCUAUCUUUCGUACCUUGGCUGCGAUUUUGCAUUUGGGGAACGUUGAGUUUUCUCCUGGAAAAGAAUACGACUCUUCGGUCUUGAAGGAUGAAAAAUCUUCCUUUCAUCUAGGGGUGGCUUCUAAUCUUCUCAUGUGUGAUUCCAACCUCUUGGUCUUGGCCCUUUGUACUCGCUCAAUUCAAACUCGUGAAGGAAUUAUUGUUAAAGCGCUAGACUGUGAAGGUGCUGUUGCUAGUCGGGAUGCAUUGGCAAAGACUGUUUAUUCUCGUCUGUUUGAUUGGCUUGUUGAUAAGAUUAACCAGUCUGUCGGGCAAGAUUUGAAUUCUCAAUUUCAAAUUGGUUUACUGGACAUUUACGGUUUUGAGUGUUUUAAGGACAAUAGUUUUGAGCAGUUUUGCAUCAAUUUUGCAAAUGAAAAGCUUCAGCAACAUUUUAAUGAGCAUGUCUUUAAGAUGGAACAGGAAGAGUAUAGCAAAGAGGAAAUAAAUUGGAGCUACAUUGAAUUUAUCGACAAUCAGGAUGUGUUGGAUUUGAUUGAGAAGAAACCUAUUGGGAUCAUUGGUUUGCUGGAUGAGGCUUGUAUGUUCCCAAGAUCAACUCAUGAAACAUUCUCAACCAAAUUGUUUCAGAAUUUUCGUACUCAUCCGAGGUUGGAAAGAACAAAAUUUUCAGAAACAGAUUUCACCCUUUCCCAUUAUGCUGGAAAGGUCACUUAUCAUACAGAUACAUUUUUAGAUAAAAAUCGUGAUUAUGUUGUGGUAGAACAUUGCAAUUUAUUGGCUUCUUCUAGAUGCAAUUUUGUUGCUGGCCUUUUCUCUUCCUUACCAGAGGAAUCCUCAAGAUCAUCGUAUAAAUUUUCUUCUGUGGCCUCAAGAUUUAAGCAACAACUUCAAGCACUGAUGGAGACACUGAAUUCUACCGAGCCCCAUUAUGUGCGCUGUGUGAAGCCAAACUCUCUUAAUAGGCCCCAGAAGUUCGAGAAUCUAAGCAUUCUGCAUCAAUUACGCUGUGGGGGUGUUUUGGAGGCUGUUCGAAUAAGUCUAGCAGGUUAUCCCACUAGAAGAACUUAUGCCGAGUUUAUUGAUCGUUUUGGAUUGUUGGCACCUGAAUUAGUAGAUGGAAGCUACGAUGAAAGAUUGAUUACAGAAAAGAUUCUAGAAAAGCUGAAGCUAAAAAAUUUUCAGUUGGGUAGGACCAAAGUCUUUCUUAGGGCUGGUCAAAUUGGAAUACUGGAUGCUCGAAGAGCUGAAGUAUUAGACAAUGCUGCAAAGUGCAUUCAACGCCGAUUACGGACAUAUCAUGCGCGCAAGGAUUUUCUAUUGAUGCGUUCUACUGCGAUUGCACUUCAAGCAUAUUGCAGAGGAUGCCUUGCCCGAAAGUUUUAUGUAGCAAAACGAGAAAGCAAUGCUGCCACCACAAUACAGAAAUAUAUUCGCAGGUGGUUCUUCAGGAAUAUUUAUUUGGAGCUCUAUUCAGCUGCUCUAACCAUACAGUCCGGUAUCCGUGGUUUUGCAACUCGCAAUAGGUUUUUACACGAUAGAAGAAAUAAAGCUGCGGUAUUAAUUCAGGCUCGAUGGAGGACAUUCAAAGUUCGUGCUAUUUUCCAUCGCCACCAAGCUUCUAUUAUUGCAAUACAAUGUCGAUGGAGGCAAAAACUUGCAAAAAGGGAACUUCGAAGACUUAAACAGGAGGCUAAUGAAGCUGGAGCAUUGCGUUUAGCUAAAAACAAACUUGAAAAGCAGUUGGAAGAUCUUACAUGGCGGUUGCAUUUGGAGAAAAGAUUGCGGGCUUCCAAUGAAGAGGCCAAGUCAAACGAAAUAUUAAAAUUGCAAAAGAUGCUGCAAUCCUCAAGUCUGGAGUUAGAUGCAGCUAAAUUAGCUGCAAUCAAUGAAUGCAACAAAAAUGCUGUGCUGCAAAACCAAGUGGAAUUGUUGUCGAAGGAGAAGUAUGCUUUUGAAAGAGAAAUGGUAGCGGUAGUUGAAUUAAGAAAAGAAAAUGCUUUCCUCAAGAGUGCUUUGGACGCCAUGGAGAAACGGAACUCAGCUCUGGAAGUUAAGCUUGUUGAGGCACAAAAGGAGGGUAGUCACACUGUUGAAAAGUUGCAGGAUGUUGAACAGAAAUGCUCUAAACUUCAACAGAACGUGAAAAGUCUUGAAGAGAAACUCUCCAUUCUAGAGGACGAAAAUCAUGUAUUGCGACAGAGAGCCUUAACUGCAACUCCAAGGAGCAACCGACCCAAUUUUGCAAGGGCAUUAUCGGAGAAAUCCUCUGGUGUGCUUGUCCCUAAUGCUGAUCGGAAAACUCUAUUUGAGUCACCAACACCGACAAAACUGGUUGCACCUUUUUCACAAGGCCUUUCUGAAUCACGGCGAACAAAAUUAACUGUAGAGAGACACCAGGAAAACUAUGAAGUCCUUUCUAGGUGUAUAAAAGAAAAUUUGGGAUUUAAAGGUGGCAAACCACUCGCUGCUUGCAUUAUCUACAAAUGCCUUCUUAACUGGCAUGCCUUUGAAUCAGAACGAACAGUUAUUUUCGACUAUAUAAUUGAAGGAAUCAAUGACGCCCUCAAGUCUGGGGAUGAGAAUACUACCUUGCCAUAUUGGCUGUCAAAUGCGUCUGCAUUACUAUGCCUCUUGCAAAGAAAUUUGAAGUCAAAUGGUUUUUUGAGCGCAGCUUCUCAGCGUUCCACUGGUUCCACUGGCUUAGCUAGCAGGAUUUCUCAGGGACUAAAAUCACCCUUCAAAUAUAUUGGGUUUGAAGAUGGGAUUUCUCAUCUUGAAGCAAGAUAUCCGGCAAUAUUGUUUAAACAGCAAUUAACUGCUUGUGUGGAGAAGAUUUUUGGCUUGAUCCGUGAUAAUUUAAAGAAGGAAUUAUCUCCAUUGUUGAGCUCAUGUAUUCAGGCACCAAAAGCUGCACGAGUACAUGCUGGGAAGUCUUCUAGAUCGCCUGGUGUUCCUCAGCCAUCUACUAGUAGUCCAUGGGAUAACAUAAUAAAGUUUUUGGAUUCUUUGAUGAGUCGUUUACGUGAGAAUCAUGUACCGUCUUUCUUCAUUCGUAAAUUGAUUACUCAGGUGUUCUCGUUCAUCAACAUUUCACUUUUUAAUAGCCUUCUUCUACGACGUGAAUGUUGCACGUUUUCAAAUGGGGAGUACGUAAAAUCUGGUCUUGCAGAACUAGAGAAGUGGAUUGGCAAUGCAACAGAUGAGUAUUCAGGGACCUCUUGGCACGAGCUAAACUAUAUAAGGCAAGCUGUCGGGUUUCUGGUAAUACACCAGAAGCGAAAGAAAUCUCUAGAAGAGAUAAGACAGGAUCUUUGCCCAGCAUUGACAGUGAGACAAAUUUAUCGCAUUAGUACUAUGUAUUGGGAUGAUAAAUACGGGACUCAGAGUGUGUCAAACGAGGUGGUUGCUCAAAUGAGGGAAAUUCUAAACAAGGACAAUCAGAACUUAACCUCAAAUUCAUUUUUAUUGGAUGAUGAUCUAAGCAUCCCAUUCUCUACCGAAGACAUCGACAUGGCUCUUCCGGCCAUUGAACCUUCAGACAUCGAACCUCCCACUUUCCUGUCUGAAUUUCCCUGUGUGCAGUUUCUGGUUGAGCCGCAAAAGUAGUUAGUUAGCUUACAUCAACACGUUAACAUAGGAUGAGAUCCAACUAAUCGAUUUGAUACUUUCAAGUAGAUCUUUUUCAAUUGGAUAUGAUCUUUCAUUAUAUCAUCAAAAGCCUCGUUGCAUAUGAUUGAAGAUGUUCAAAUCCAUGCAUCCUUCAAAUUUGGGGUCAAGAUUUGUCAAUAGAAAAGCAAAGUAAACUGAUUUUUGACUUUUCUCGAACUUUGUGCAGAUGAAGACUGGUCUCGUUUCUCCAUUUGUUCGAUUAACGUGGCUGGUAGUAUAUAGUACUUAAAGAAAUAGGAAGUAGAAUAGCUGUGCUAGGAAGGUUUCUAUUCAUGUGAAGCUAACUCAUUUCUUUCAAUUUGUAAUUGAUUUCAUGUGGAAUCCAUUCAUUUUGUAUUAUGAUGCUGAGAAUAGCAGUAGCAGUGUAUGUAAAUAUGUAAAUCUAGGACACUCCCAAAAGCUUUAGAAUGGGACAUUGUUAGGAUCUAAUGUUAGCUUGAACAUUUGCUAGAUGUUCAGUCAACAACACGUUUUGCAAAUGUUCCUUGAUUUACUUAGAUUUUAUAUUCUUACUUGCAUUUAUAUAUUUUUUUAAAAGAAAAUUUUGCUCAA